UCGCAACAGGGGGAGAUUCAAACCUAUUUCCACCCUUUCCGAGAGAUGGCGGAUCGGUGUUUCGGGCAAGCAGUCGCUGGUGGGGUGGACCUAACACACAUAUCUGACAGCGAUAUCAUUCCCGACCCGGAAUGUAGUGAGGCAAUGCCGACGGAGGGCUUACAUGUAGACAACCGCACAAAAUCGUCCAGUAUGAUGGAUCAGGCUGAUAAAGAAAACUACGAUCUUCCGGCCCUGUCUGACUUAAUGCUGGAGGAUCGGUCCUCUGACGACAACUCUGAAUCUCAGAAGAGGACAGGCAGUUUGACAAACUACACCUCGUCAACGGACUUGAGGGCUCCCACAAACAUCCCCGCCAGGCAGCAUGAUUUGCUGGAUGAUGAGGAGGUGGUACGGAUGGCCAAGGAAGAGGGCCGAGUGGCUGUGGUGUUCCCGGGCAGAGUCACCCAGGACAGCUGCUGCAAGAUUGUCUGCGAGAUCCUGAAGUGUGUCCUGUAUCAGCGACAGCAGCUCCCCAUGAUGUAUGAUCAGCUGGUGUAUUACCAGAAGAAGCAGCAGGCGGCCGGCCGGGUGGAGGAUGCCGUCGGCUGGCAGGCAGCACGGCCGGGUGGCUGGGAUUGGAGGAAGUGCCAGCGCACGCUGCAGGAUCUGGAUGAGGUCAUGCUGCACCUGCAGGACCUGUUUUCCCUGAGCCGGGUGCCGCGUGUCCUGCUGAUGCUGGGGGGCAGCGUCGUGCUGCCUACGGAGCUCUAUGAGGUCGACAUGGAGGCGCUGGCGGCAGGCAUGGGCGAUGGCUUCCUCCGCACUGCCCCCUGCCUGCGACAGCUCUUCCGUGCCCUCUUCGUGGCCGACAUCCUGUCCGACGCCCGACCCGUCCGCCUCAUGGCCACUACGGUCAUGGCCUUGGCCCACCGGGACUGCGGGGUGGACUGGUUCCGGCCCAAGCUGGACUACCGAGUUCCGGCGCGUGUCAAACGGCAGAUCAUCUCCUUGUCCAGCGACCCGGCCCUCUCACAUCGACCCACGACACAGGCCUGGGAGGACUAUGUGUGGUUUCAGGCACCUAUAUCCAUCAAAGGCUUUUGCAAAUGACCCACAGGAAGGCAGAUUAUAGUACCUUUUUAAAAUUAAACUUUGACUUGGGGAAUCAAAUUGCAGGGAGGCAAAGGGACUGAAGGCAGGUCCCCACCAUCAACACUCAGGGUUUUACUCUGCUCAAGAGUUCAGCGGUGCUAUUUUAAUCAGUGAUCAAUAUGAGCGACGAAGGCCAUGCCUUCCCCGUCUCACUCGUGUUCGGUGCAUUUUAAUACAUGUGCAUAAUUCUUGGAUUUUUUUUUUAACCAGUGUUUGGUGCUGAUUAGGAUAUUGCUUUGGGGGGGAUACAGUGAAGCGAGAUCCAGACUGGAUUCACUUUCCACCAAAAUGGAUCUUCAGCGUGAUGUGAACCAGUGUCUGCAUCUCCUCUUCAUGACUGCUUCCUAACUUUUUUCAUUUUUUUUUUUCCUCACCCAACUUUUAAAAUAUUUUUUUCUGUUUACUUUUAAAGUAUUACCCCUUUUAAGUUAUUUUACACCCUCCCCUGUUUUCACUGGAGGAAGCAAUGUUGCAUUGCACUUUAUUACACCUCGUAUGUGGACGUCUCGUGUGAUGUGAUCCAACCCUUAUCCGUACAUCCCCAGUGUUUUCCAGGCAUGAGUUGUGUGCAUAGUGUAUAAAAAUAUUAAAACUCCUGCAAGCA